UAUGAUAAUAAAGACAUACAUUUGUAAGGUUUUUCUACUAUAAUUAUAAACAAAAACUUGGUUAAUUACAAUUUAGUCCUCUUGGCUUUACCUAGAAUAAAAAUACACUUCAACCCUUUUAUAUUUGUCAAUUUAGUAUUUCAUGUUUCAUGUAGUUUUGGAGCUCCUUUAAGAUAGUUACUAAGUACUUGCUAAUAUUGUAUUAAUGGGAAGCAGUUCUAGAACUGGACAUUUGAGUUCUGGGAUUUUCGUUGUUGUUACUGUUGUUAAGGAAAAGUAACUAGGCAUUAGUAAUCGUUCAGGUACUAAUUGAUGUAGUGUGCUAGUUAUUUUCUGUGGAUCCCUUCUUUUAUUACAGAUCUCCACAGGAUAAAAGAACACUUCUUGUGAAUUGUCAGAAUAAGAGUCUUUCACAGUCUUUUGAAAAUCUUCUUGAUGAACCUGCAUAUGGUUUAAUACAAGCAGGACUGCUAGACAGAAGAAAGCUGUUGUGGGCCAUUCAUCAGUGGAAAAAAAUUAAAAAGGAUCCUUAUACAGCAACUAUGGUAGGAUUUUCCAAAGUCACAAACUACAUUUUUGAUAGUUUGAGAGGCAGUGAUCCCUCUACACAUCAACGACCGCCUUCAGAAAUGGCAGAUUUUCUUAGUGAUGCUAUUCCAGGUUUAAAGAUAAAUCAACAAGAAGAACCAGGAUUUGAAGUCAUCACAAGAAUUGAUUUGGGAGAACGACCUAUUGUUCAAAGGAGAGAGCCAGUAUCACUGGAAGAAUGGACUAAGAACAUUGAUUCUGAAGGAAGAAUUUUAAAUGUAGAUAAUAUGAAGCAGAUGAUAUUUAGAGGGGGACUUAGUCAUGUGUUGAGAAAGCAAGCAUGGAAAUUUCUUUUGGGUUAUUUUCCUUGGGACAGUACCAAGGAGGAAAGAACUCAAUUACAAAAACAAAAAACGUAAGUAAGAUCUUUUGUGUAUUCAUUAAAGAAAUUCAGAUAACUCACCCAUACAGAUUAGUAUAGAGCAUCUAGAUGAUUAUUUUAAAUAGAUGAGGGUAUGGGAAAAUAAUUUUAUUUUCAUCUUUUUAAUUGAAAAAUCAUGAGCUCUGUACUUACUCAAACUAGUCAUUUCAAACACUCACUGCAGUUGUGUUGGUGAAUAUAUAGAAAGAUGGGGGAAAAAAAUUCCAGUUCCCUUGUAAAAACAUUUUGCAUACUUGAAAAAUAACUAACUAGAUAGGAUUUUUAAAUAUAUCAUUCAUAUUUAUUCAUUUUUGUAAUUUAUUAUGAAAUUAUAAAAAUGUCCCAUAAGAAGUAUAUUUACUAUUUAAGUUAAUUACCUUUAAAUUAUUUUCCUGGUGCUCUUGUAACAUAAACUAGUCUUUCAUUUUUUUUGGAAGACUGGUUCUAUUUUUAAGUAAUUUCUCCGACUUGAAAAGAAAACUUAGACUGACUUUCCAGGUACCCUUCUUAUUCCCAGUUCAUCAGUCUAGCCUAUGAUUUAAAGCUCACUCUGAAUCAUUAUGUGCAUAUUUAAACUUUCAGACAGUCCUUUCUCUUUCAACACAUUUGCCAGUUCUUUUUUAUU